AUGUCCAAGACCACUACAGCGGCUCAGGGCCAGUCCCUCACCCCCAACUUCACCGCCGUCGACUACUCCAAGAUCGACCCCUCACUCAAGGGCCAAGGUCUGCUCAGCGCCGGCCGUUCUAUCGUCGCAAAGGAAGGCGCCGGAGCUCUACUGACGGGCUUCGGCCCCACUGCUGUUGGUUAUCUACUCCAGGGCGGUGCCAAGUUUGCUGGUUACGAGGCGGCUAAGAAGUACCUUGUCGAUGCGUGCGGUUCGUACGACGAAGCUGUCAAGCAUCGUACGGCCAUCUACCUCGGAGGUGCCGCAAUCGCCGAAUUCUUCGCCGACAUUCUUCUCACGCCCGCCGAGGCUACGCGUAUUCGUCUCGUGUCUGACCCCAAGAUCCUCCGCACUGAGGGUCUCAGCGGCCUCUACGCCGGCUUCAUCCCCAUUCUCUGCAAGCAGAUCCCUUACGCUAUCGGACAGUUCACUGUCAAUGAGCGCGCCACCGAGGCGAUUUACAACUCCAUGAGCAAGGAGACCCGUGAGAACCUCUCGGAGCCGGCGCAGUUCGCCAUCACCCUCACUUCCGGUAUCAUCGCCGGUUUCGCGGCUGCCAUUCUCUCCCAGAUCAACAAGGGACACGGUCCGGAAGGAUCGAUGGUUCACCGCCUCGUCGUUCUCGCCAAACAAGCCGGCCCCAAGGGCCUCUUCGCCGGCCUCGGUCCUCGUAUGAUUAUGACUGCUGGACUCGUGAGCACGCAGUUUAUCAUGUAUGGUUGGAUUAAGAGGGCUCUCGGCGCUCCUCCUGGCAUCGAGAUCCACAAGGAGACGGCGAAGUAG